AUGGAUUCAAUUAGAACUAAAAAAUCAACAAAAAAAGCCUGGAUCGUUGGGGGAAUUCUAUUACUGGGAUUAGUGAUAAUAGCAUUGAUAGUGUCCUUGGCAAUUAGUGGUGUGUUUGAUAGUGACAAAGAUCAGAAAGUUGCAGUGCCAACAAUAACAACUGUACCAGAUGCCUUUGAAUUCAUAGAGCAAGUUUACAAAAAAAACUACCCUAAGGUUGACGACGAAACAACAAAAGACUUGAAAGACUUGGAACUGAUUAAGAAACAAAUAAUUGCUAGGUUGGAUUUAAAGAAAGAAAUUGAAGAUGAGGAGAAAAAAAUGAAGGAGUCUAGUGGAACAGAUAAAGAAACAACGGCAGUUCCAGAAAAAUUAGAAGGGGAUAAGUUAGAAGAGAGUGAAGGUUCUGAGGAUAAAAAACAUCUGAAAACCCGCAAAAGUCCUAUAGAAGCUCCCUCACCUGUUGAUGUUAAUGAAGGAGAAUUAGAAGCAGCUUUAGGAAAGGAUGUAAGUGGUGAACAUAAAGAAACAGUUGGAGGUAAAGCAGGUGAGACAGAAAAUAAGAAAACUGAAAUUAGGAAUGGAUUUGCAUUCUGGAGAAAGGGCUCAGAACGAAACGGCAGCCAAAUUUGA